AUGUAUGAUGACAUUGCCAACAAUAUAGAAAACCGAUGGUCUGGCCAAAUAUUUAACAAACCAAAUGUUACCGGAAAAGAGGUGAAUGCAAAAAACUUCUACGCUGUACUUAGUGGCAACAAAAGUGCUACCAUAGGAGGUAGUGGGAAGGUUUUGGACAGUGGCCCAGACGACAUCGUUUUCAUUUACUACAGGGACCACGGCAGUCCUGGCUUACUCGGCAUGCCAGGUGAGAGUUUGAUUAUAGCCGACGAACUUGUAGAUGCGUUGAAGAAGAAACAUGCCGCAAAUUCAUACAAAAAGAUGGUUCGCAAGAGAACAAUUAGGCCUAAAGAAAUGCAUUCUCACGUGAUGCAAUAUGGAGAUAUGAGGAUGAGCAGUAAUUUUCUAGACACAUACCUUGGUUCACACGAUCAUGAAGUUGAUCAAAACUUCAAUCUCACCAGCUGGGAAGAUAUUGUAAUUGACUAUUUAAUAUGUUUCUUAAUGUUGUUUCAGUUGGAAAAGGCUGUGGAUGGUUCUAAUGAGAAGUUACAAGCUCAGAAAGAGUUAGAUGCUGAAAUGGCUCACAGGGAGCAUGUGGAUAAGAGUGUCCAUCUCAUAGGGAACCUCUUGUUUGGAGAAGACAAAAGCUCCAACACCAUGGUUCAUGUUCGUCCAGCAGGGCACCCUCUUGUUGAUGACUGGGAAUGUUUUAAGACACUGAUGAAAACUUACGAGAGGCAUUGUGGAGGCUUAUCAAGCUAUGGAAGGAAAUACACAAGGGCCUUUGCCAACAUGUGCAAUGCUGGAAUUUCUGAGAAGCAAUUGAUUGCAGCAUCAUUGCAAGCUUGUCCUGGGAAAAAUAACGCUUCUUAG